AAGCCGACGUUUCUUUCCAUUGUUCAACCGACGCGGCGCGAACGAACCGACAAAAAUGUAUUUAGUCUCCCGAACCGAAACUUUUGCAAAAUUAUUUUUCAUAGUCAGUUUUACCGGGCUAUUUAUGUACGUAGCGCUCGCCUUUUAUUCGUUCCACACUGCGUACACCACAGUAUCUCAAAUCGGAAAGUUUCAAGAAAACAGUAAAAUAAAGAACUACGAUGCUGUGGUUGAGAGAUUUGAGAAAGACCUCAAAUAUAUUCUUGUUUGGUCAUCUAACUCGGAACAAGCUGAGACUCUCUUACAAUACGAGGGCCAAGAAGCCUUCAUAGAGCGAGAUUGUCCCGAAAUAAAUUGCUACAUUACAACAAACAAGACGAUACUAAACGAUGACUACGUGAAUUUCGACGCCAUUGUGUUUAACAUGAGCAUAUUCUGGCAACCCGGCGGUUUCUCUAAACUCCCAGAGCGCAGGGCGAAACGUCAAAAAUAUGUAUUUUACGGAAUGCUUCCGUCCGACAGCCAUCCUAUAUGCAACCUUCGGGUGGAAAACUUCUUCAACUGGACGUGGACUUACAAAUUUUAUUCUGAUAUCUACAGUCCUUUUAUUGAAGUAAAGAAUCUUGUGGGAAACGUUGUGGCUCCGAACAGGAAUGUGAUUUGGAAGAACGACUUGAGAACUUCGACCAAAAGUGACGCAGUUAGAGUUAGUACUAAGACGAAAGCUGUAGCUUGGGUUAUGGACAAGUGUGGCCCAAAGAUAUACACUAUGUUUGGAUUAACAAAGUUACGCAAAGCUUUGAAACAAUUUAAUUUAACACUCGAUGUGUAUGGUUGUGGAAAUUUGAACUGUCCUGAAGGAGGGUGUGCUGAGGCUAUACAGAAGGAGUAUUACUUCUAUUUCGCUUAUGACGGGAGUAUGGCUGAAGAUUAUGUUACUACUGAGGUGUUGAAGGCAUAUCUUAAUGAUGCCGUGCCUAUUGUUGUUGGAGGAGCAGAUUUUACCAGAUUUCUACCAGAGAAUUCCUACAUAAAUUAUCACUUUUACACUGAAGAUAAAUUGGCUGCUUACCUGCAUUAUACCAUCACCAACCCAGCAGUUUACAACGCUUUCUUCAAUUGGAAGAAAUACUACACCGUAAACAAAGCAGACGAAUUCAAAGGAUACUGCGACCUUUGCAAAUUACUUAAUGACAAGAAGAAAUUCAACACUUUCAGCACUUAUGAAAACUUCAGGUCGUGGUGGUACUAUGGAUCUCUGAAAGACAAAUGCUUACCAAAAGGAACUACGAAAUUAUCAGAAAUUACAGCUUAUCUGAAUGAGACUGUUAGAUUUUAAACUAAAAAUAUUGUAAGA